AUGUACGACGACUAUCUUGCGCGUAGCGAGAACGAUCAGAACCUUCGCGAACAGUUAGCCGGUGUGGUACAUCAUGGAGAAGUAGAGGCGAUCAUCGAAGACUUCCACAAAGGCAAAUGGGAAUAUUGUCCCUUGAAUUUGACUUUGGACAUGGCUGUGAACUUACAGGGAACGAAAGUUAUCCUUCCUUUCUGUUCGAAAAUCAAGCUUCCCAGCAAGGGAGGCACUGCGUCAGUAUACUGGGUGGCGGUGCAAAAGGAUCUCGUCUCGGACAACGCGCUCGCACUUGCCUUACAAGACUCACUCUAUACGGAUGAAGAAUUUGGAGAGUGCUACCAGAUGGUGCUCAAAUCCUACUGCGGCAACAAGAAGCGAGACUUCGAGCUGGAAAAGGAAGCAUUCUCGGGUUUGCUGCAGUCGAGCGACGAAGUUCCCAUACUACAAUACCUGGGCUCAUACACCCAUGACUAUGGCGAGGGCAAGGGUAUGGGAAAGACAUACAAUCUCUUGUUGGAAUAUGGUGAAAACGAUCUGUACCAGGCAUGGGCAGAUGAGACGAACGUUCCUCCCGUACAAGCCCAGGAGAUACUCCAGACAUGGAAGUCGCUUUUCAAAGUUGCUGAAGCCAUUCGCCACGUUCAUCAUCUCGAGAUCCUGCGAGGCAAAGGCCAACCAAGGAGAUUUCAUGGCUGGCACGCAGAUAUCAAGCCGGACAACAUUCUCAGCGUGCGCGGACGAUUGAAGCUGGCUGACUUCGGCUUCUCCAGCUUUGCGCCUGUGGUAGAUGGUCACGAGGACUCUGUGCCAACAGAAUUGAUCAGAGGUGCACCUGAAGUGUCCCGCAUGAAGCAUCCGGACGGUACAAUGUCUGGAGUCUCGCAGUCUAUUGACGCAUGGUCAUUUGGUUGCGUAUUAUCGGUCGCCGCGACGUGGAUAGUUCUGGGAUUCCAAGGUCUUCGUCAAUACGAUCGACUUCGACAACUAUCUCCAGCGAAUAACAAGAACGGCCAGGAGUUGGACCGGUUUCACGAUGGAUAUCAUGUUCUGCCAGAGGUUGGAAAAUGGCACGAUUAUCUUCGCGGACACCUCCGGCCCUCAGAUACAACGACAGAGAUGGUUCUGGCUUUGAUAGAAAACAAGCUACUACGAGCAGAACCUGUGGCACGACACACUCUGGAAGAGCUCUGCGAGAAGCUGCAAGAGUUGAGCGAUUGGGCCGAAUAUAAGAUCAAAGGUCUCAGGAUACACUCGAGAGAUACAGAUCCUCUAGUCAUGAGGGCCCUCUCGAGCAUCGAAAAAGAAGCUCAGGUCCAGAGAACCUCUGAACCAAAGACCAACUUCUUACAGCCGUCCUUCUUACAAAUCAACCCUCGGGCGCGGGCCUCAAUGCAGAUGAACAAGGAAGAGAUGAUCAGAAACAAACCGCUUGGUCAAACAGCGCAUCGCAAGCAAAUACUGGAGAAGAAGCUGGAAUUCUGUGAGAACAAAUAUGCGGACGACGAGCCGCCACUUGUGGAUGCUGUACAUAAUGGUGAUGUUACAGAAAGCCCCACUGAUGCGACUCUUCCAGAGCGACUACAGUAUCGUGGUCGCCAGAGUAAGCCCAGGAAUCCGAGGGUCCAACCACAUGAUCAAGGACCAGCAGAGACAGGCCCUCACACGCCGGAUGGCGCACGUUCGUUUCUGAAAAACCACCAUCCUGCUACGCCACCAUCAUCGUCACAUCGCCGUAACAAAACCAGUUCUGGCAGCGGGCCUCACAGCGACGAUCCCUUCACGAUUCAAUCACAUCGCAAUUCAUUCGAGGUCGAUCCUUCCACCAGUGCCAACUCGACAAGACUUCACUUGCGAAUUCCAGAGGCAGGCUCGUCAUCCACGAAGUAUCCCAUUAGCCUCAAGCAAUCAAGUGGUAUCUCGAGCUUGCUGUCUCCACCUGCAGAUAAACAUUAUGCGGUGCAAACCCCCGACCUCUCGGCUGAGAAAGAGACGUACUCGACACAGUCUCCCCCACCAACACCCGUUUACAUCGCCAUUGAGCGUGACAUCGAAGCCGCUAAUGUGCCCCCAAUGCACAAUCCGGUGGAUAACCAGAGUCAUAGAGAGAAGGUCCCCGUUGUAGCUGAUAUGAGUCCUAAAGACUCUCCUUUUGACGGCAAGUAUAGAUACGAACUGAACGUCGAUACUGCCAAUAUAGUCGAGGCUGCUGGAAACUCCGGGCCCUUGAUAACAGUAUCGCAGCCCGGGUACGAUCAGUCGCCACAGCAGCAAUCAGCGUCAUCCGACUCGAUCACACAUACUCACCAGGAGCAAGCUCUUCGCACUCAGAGGUUCUCUAAGUCUCACGAUGACUCCCCAUGGCCACUUCCACUGUCUGCUCUAGACUUGCCCUAUGAUAUUUGCGUUACAAGGAAGAAUAUAGACCACCAGGUCUCCAGGGGGAUUGCAAAAGGUAUCGCCAAAUUCAAGGGCAGAUUUGGCAUCGAAACCAGAGCUCGAGCUGCUAGUCUUGUGGAGACCUUCAGUGAUCCGCGCGAAAUCGUAAGCUUACUCCCGAUAUUUCUGGGUUUGGCUAAUGCAUUCCAGAUUUUCAUUGUCGACAAUGGAUGGACAAUGGCUAAGCACUGGCCCAUCGUGACGUUCGUAGCGCAAACGCUCGCUAAGAACGCCGCUGGUCUAGACAAGAGUGGCUUCGAUGUCAAGUUCACAGUCGAUGGUUAUACACAUAACGAGAAGUGUUUGAAGGCAGACUUGGGUCGAACAAAACUAAAGAAAGCGUUGAGCGCAGCUUGGCCAGAGUAUAAGCCGAACGAUCACGCCACUACAGACAUGGCAAAAGUCCUCGAUACUAUCUUCGACGAAUGGAGCCGUACCGGUCAGCCAGCUACAACACUUCUCGUCCUGACCGACGGCGUAUGGUCGAAGACGAACCCAGGUGCUCUGAACAACACCAUUUUGAAUAUCGCCAGGCGAGACCAACGAAAUACUGGCAAGCGACACUUCAGCAUUCAAUUCAUCCGAUUCGGCGAAGGAGCUUCCGAAAAAGCGCGUUUGCAAACGCUGGAUGACCGCUUGUGCGCGGACAACAACCUGCGAGAUAUUAUCGACCACUGCUCAUGGCGAAAUGAAGUGACUAAGAUGUUUUUGGGCAGCAUAGAGGGCUCCCUCGACGAAAAAGACUCCGUCGAAGGACCCAUGUUGUAUGAUUACGACAAGCUAGUCGACUUGUUCAAUGCCUUCAACAGCGGGAAGGAGGGUGCGCUUUCACCAACAAGUACUCUAUUCCGCACGCCGUCGCGAGGAUCGAAUCGCUCCUCUGUUUCCAUGUCGCAUGCAAACGACUGGGCAAAAAAAGGUUGA